UUAUCUUUUGUAGAUAUGGAGCUUGAGCUACCCAAACGAUUGUAUGCAGAGGGUUCAGAACCUCGGGUUAAGAAGAUCAACAACAGUUGUCGCAUGGAACUUAUCAGAGAUCUGAAGAAAGCUAUGUGUGCAGAGUACGAUGAUGUGAAGAGAGAUCCUGUUUUCACACAUAUCAUGGCUAUUGCCGAAAAUGAUCUCAAGUUCUCUGGGAAACUAGUGGAUAGCUUCAUAUGUAGACAGCUGAUUACCUCAAAGCUGCAUGAGAAGUGGUUUGUUUUUGCGAGGACGCCUCUCCGGUUUUCGCUUCAGGAGUACCAUGCUGUGACAGGCCUCAAGAUUACACGGGAAACUAACAGUGACGUAGUGAAAUGGAAAAACGACGGGGGUUUUUGGAGUAACCUACUGCACACAGGUGGUAAGAUCACCUUGCAGUCGAUCAGAAAGGUUCAUCUACAAGAAGUUCACACUUGGACGCGGCUUGAUAGGAUGAGGUUGAUCUACUUGUGUGUAAUAGUGGGUGUGGUGAUGGGGAGAGAUGAGAAGGUGUCCAUCCCUCAUAUGUACAUCAAGUUGGUGAUGGAUUUUGACAAGGUUCGGAAGUUCCAUUGGGGUCUUCACUCGUAUGAUUUCCUGUUGAGUUCGAUUGAGAAGGCAAUGAAGAAGUUGGGUAAGAAGGAGAGCUACAUUUUCGAGGGUUUCUCCUAUGCUCUCCAGAUUUGGAUUAUGGAGGCAAUUCCUGAUUUUGGAGAAAUAUUAGGCAGAAGAGUCUCAGACAGCUUCAAAGGUCCAAGGUGUGGCAAUUGGAAAGGAGUUGCAAAAGUUUCUUAUGAAGACAUCAUUGAGCUCGAGGACUCCUUAACUAAGAAGGAUAACUUCUUCUCGGUCAUAUCAGUGACUGGUAAUGGUGAUGUGUUUCUAGAUGCUCAGUACACAAGGGAGGGUGAGAUGGAAGAUGAACGAGUGGACCUUGUUUUGGGGAGGAUCAGGAACAAGUAUGAUUGGAGCAACACAGACUGGCCAGUUUUAGACCCUGAAGAGUCUAAAAUGGAGGAACCCGACAGCCAUGAUAGAGGGUCAGAAGCUGAUAAGAUCGUGGAUCAUACGGAUGUUGUAGCAGACGAGGAGAACUCUUCGGUUAAGGUCGCAGGAAAAGGCAAGAGAAAGUUUCUUGAUGAAGGAGCAGAGACAAGAAAGAAGAAGGUGCUGUGUAAGCGAUCAGCAGAAAAGUUUCUGACUUUUGGUCCUGAAACUAUGAGUUUCAUUGAGGGUCUUAUCCGCACAUCUGUCACUUCAUUGGGAGAUGUGCUCAGUAUGCAAAUGGCGAAUAUGGAGAGGGUGUUUACAGAGAGGAUGGGAAAGAUGGAGAUUGAGGUUUCACAGCUCAAGGACGCAAUCAGUUUGACUGGUGAAGGAAGCUAUCCUAGUAAGAAAGAAACUGAAGAAGCUCCACUAAACAGCAAAGCCAAGGAAGCUCCACCUAAGAGCAAAGGCGCUCAAGCUCCACCUAAGAGCAAAGGCGCUCAAGCUCAACCUAAGCGCAAAGGCGAUCAACCUACUCCAACAAAAAAGUGGAAUGAUGAGGAAAUGGAUCGAACCAAAGAAGACUCGCCAGAUGCCGCGUUGGUGUUUUUCCGUGAAGAGGAUUGGGAAAAAGUUAGAACUUGGUCAACUUCCUCCACACCUAUACGGAUUGGACCUGCCACUUUAGAUUUUGAGAUUGCUAAUCGUCUUAUGGAUAAAUCUGAGUGGUUAAAUAGCUUGGAGAUUGACGCUGCAAUGUACGUAUUCCGGGAGAGAACAUCUUUGAAACGAUGGAGACCUCAUCGUGUCGCCUUCAUGACUGUCGUCUUCAGCAAUAUGAUUAAAAAAGAGUAUGGUCAUUUAGAAGCUCAGGGUAGAAAGAGCUACAUGCUUCAUAAUUUGCUACUGCAGUUCGGUAAAGGAGUCCUUCCACCACAUGGCAGGACACAUGAGAUAUGGAAUAUAGAUGUGGAUCGCCUGUAUGUCCCUGUUCAUGUCAGUGGGAAUCAUUGGAUCGCCUUGUGCAUCAGUUUCGUGACGAGGAGCAUUGAAGUGUUCGACUGCUCGGGUAAGAAAAGGUACAAGGAGGUGGAUGGGUUCGCAAACCUUAUUCCGCGUAUUGUCAAGGCAGUUCAGCCUAUGAGACACCAGAAGGAUUUCGCAGUCGGUGCAUAUACUGUUUCCUAUGUCCCCGUUGGGAAUCUGAAUAAAAGUGCAUGCGACUGUGGCGUCUAUGCAGUGAAGUUCAUUGAGUGUCAUGCGCUUGGAUUGGAGUUGUCGUUGUUGCAUGAUGGUAACAUUAUCGAAGCUCGCCACAGGAUUCUAUGGGAUCUUUGGGAAGCAGCUAAUGAUCCGGAAUUGAUUGAUAGGAUGUCAAAGUAUCAAUCCCCGGAGUGUCUCUCUUCGACUGUAGAAGAGAUUUUGUGAGACUGCUUGGUUUCAAGUUCUAAUGUAAUGAACAAGAUUGCUUAAUCUGAUGUAUAACUUCUAGAUUUUAUUAUCAUUUUUAGGAACAAGACUGCUUAGUUUAUUGUAUAACUUCUAGUGUUUAAUUAUGAUUUUUAGGAUUGACUCUUGUAAUCAAAUGUACAUCUUGUGGUUUUGUUAUUAAGAGUUUUUAGCUGAA